UAGCCAGUCAUCGCACGUCAGUCACAGCACAUCGAAUAGCAAUGGCAAUGGCAAUGGGCAUGAGAAGCCGAAGCCACCGCAGAUACGCAUCAGUACCGGUUCCGCAGAAAGCGCCAUGGAUAGCUGUCUAAUGCCCACGGUGCAGAUCAUGGUUGACAGUCCUAAGGAGCCGCCACGAGGUGACUUUAGCAUGGACAGCGGUUUUGCCAAUGCACCGACAACCCCUGCAAUUGAUGUCGAUACGCCGAUCGAUGUCAAUGUGCAGGGCGAUACAUCGCAAGUGUUCUACGAUUACAAUCCCGAGUCCAAUGUUGUGCAUACAACUGACAUGGCUGUUACCAUUGAGGAGGGAGAGCAACAAACACAUGCACCUGUUGCCGAAGUCAGUGCAUGCAUUGACGACCAGCAAAGAUGACCUUCAAUCAAUGCGGGAGAGUCAGAGAGACAUCAGGAUCAGCAAUCCAACAGCAAGAGCAACAGCAAUACGAGCACCAUUACCAGCAGCAACAGUUGCAGCAGCACCAGCAGCAGCAGCAGCACCUCAUCAGCUAGCCAGUCAACAGGAGUCGGCGGGCAGCGCCCAAGUUGACAAUCUCCAGUCUGAGAGAAGUUUCCAUUAGUAUUUGGAAGCGCACUUAUAGCCGGGGCAACGCACUUGCCCCUUUGUUAUUAUAGUCGAUUAAUUAUACAAGUAUAUACAUAUGAAACAGACCUACUUACUAGUCGCUUUAUACGAUUCUUCAAUGGAACUAUCCAGUGUUUAUAUAUAUCCAUUCAAUGCUGGCUUGGUAACAGUGCGCUGUGCGUCCAGCCAAGUCUAGUUUAGUUUAGCUUAGUUUAGUUUAGUUAAAUUUAGCUUAGCCUUAGCUUAGUUUAGUUUACAACAAAAAAAUCAAUAUAAACUCUGUGUUAACAAAACGUGCAUUAAACCGUACAGUGCGUACACGUUGUAAUACUCAAAUCAAAUCAAAACAAAAAGCAACAGCAAAUUAAUACACUAACAUUAACAUUAAUAUUAACAUUAACAUUAAUCUAACUAUAAAUAUAAAAUUGAAAAUAUGAGAUAGUAUAAAUAGGGUCUAACUAAUCGGUUGGUAUUUUUGUUUAGUCGUCAAUCAAUCAGUCAGUCAAGUAUAUGUAUAUACAACUACUCGUAUAUACAUAUAUAUAUAGGCCGAUUUCGAAGAUAUUUUGAAGGUUGUUUUUAAUUAUACAAUAAAAUGCAAUACGAUACAGAAUUACAUAGAAUUAUACAUAAAUGCAUAUUGUAACUAACAAAUUCGUGGCGUAGUCUUAGGCUCGUGUAUUCGUAAUGAUAGAGUUUCUUUUUCUUUAGCACAAUAUAUAUACUUAUCUCUACAUAUAUAUAUAUUUUGUACAUAUGCCAAAGGAAGUAUUUUAAAGUAAUGAAAAGCUAAUAAUAUACAUAAAUUUAUUCAUAGCAUUAAAUGAAAAUAAAACAUACUAUAUAACAUAUAUGUUAUGUAUAAAUUAGUUAGCAACGAUUGUAUAAAAUAUUUACGAGAGGUUUUCUGUUGAGAUAUUCAAAUUACCAUUACAACUACGACUACAGUCUAGAUUAUAUUAUCCGUACCGAUUGUUCAAGUACAAAAAAUCGAAGUAUUACCAAAUAGUAGAUUUCAAUACUGUCCUUCGUCCCCUUGUGUCCCCAUUCUCAUGCUAUUCAACACAAUCUCAAUGUAAACUCAAUCUCAAACUCAAACUAAAGCCAAAACAAGAAGUCAAGUGAUUUAACAUUCCAAAAAAGCAAUUUAACUCGAAUCAAGUGCAAUUCGCACAAUAAAUCGUUUAAUAGCUAAGAAGACCCAAUCGGGUUAUAGACUCGUAAUUAUUUGUACUACAAAAACACACUGAAGAUGUUAUCGUACUUAAUGCAGCUACAUCAUCAACGACAACUAUGUACGUAUGUACCAGAUCUUUAUUAGCCAGUUGAAUGAAGAACCACAGUCCUACCUAAGCAAUGUGCAUUGUGUACCAGUGAGAACUUUUAUUGUUAUUAUUAUUAUUAUACUUAGCAUACAUACAUAUUAAAUUAUACAUUUACUUAUGAUCUUAACACUAUAUCGAAUACUCUUACCAUAGGCAUACAUACUACCAAGUGUUUUUUAUUUAGUCUAACUAAAACGUGAAAUCAAAAUUGCAUUAAUGAUCGAUCUUCUAUACAAAGCUUCCACGAACAUACUCGUACAUACUCGUGCAUACAUUUAUAUACAUAAUUAACAAAUUAUAUACAUAUGUACUACUAUAUCUUUACAUACAUAUACACAUACUUAUACCAACUAUAUUUGUAUCUACAUAUACUUUAGGCCUUGGCCGAGUUUCAAAGAAACUGAUUUGAAAUGUUGUUUUCUAUUAUUAUUAUACAUAUUGUAUAUUCUGUGAGAAUUGAUUGUGUGUGUUUAGGUUAUACUACAUAGGUAUGGGAUGUAUGUAUAUGCAAUCAUAUUAAGUUUCCACAUCGAACACAGGAUACUGGACAAGUCAAAAAAACUGAUAACAUACGACACUCUGCAGCAAUCAGUGCAGCGCACACUUUUACACUUCUACUCGAAAACUCUUUCUAACUUAACAACAGACAAUCAGACAGCGAUUGAUAUAAAAUUGAAAUUAUGGUACCAAUUAAAUCGUUAUCUCCAAUACAAAAAAAAAAAACAAAUACAAAAUAAAA